UGAAGCUUGAAGACCUCUUCAAUGAAAGAUAAAAUUUGAGCAUAAAGAGAUCAAAAUAACAAGAAACUUAACAUGGAAAUUUAGACUAUACCGAUGUGUAUUUGGGAAUAAAAAUAAAUCUUUAUGUUACCUGUCCCUGCACCUUUGCCAGUCUAAUAGGCCUAGCAUAGACUAGAAAAUAUCAAAAUUUGCAAAAAUUUUAUUCAGGCCAAGGGCGCCGCCAUUUUAUUUUUCGUAGAUUCACUUUUUUUCUUAAUUUUUUUCCAAUGAAAUAUAAAUUCUCUUUUAAAUGAUGCAAAAUUAAAAAUAUGAGUUACAAUAGAAUAAAAACUAUAAAAUGCUUGUUAGUUAUUUAAACGAAAGAGCCUUCGGAAGUAUCCGGUGACAUCCGAUAGUGACGUCACUUCCUGAAACAUUUGUGAAGACAAUUUUUGAUAAACAUUUGUCACAUUCUUUCGUUUUGUUUCAAAAUCUCACUAAUUAAUGGUAAAAAUGAUAAGUGAAACGUAUUGCUAUGAUGAAUUAUGUAAGUGAUCAUCUAAUACGGGACACGAAAAGGACAAAAGAAGUACAUUACUUUGAGCAGGAAGUCGUGUCUGAUCUGUAACUGAGGGAAGAGAAGUUAUUAAUAACAAUGCAUCGUAAAAAGAGGGAGAUGGAUACUUAUUCCACUACAUCAGGAACUUCUAAGACUUCCGGAAGGUCCAGAUUUUCGCAGAACUCAGAGAGACGGAAAACUCCAAGAUUUUCACUGAGAGAUAUUUUUUAUCGUGCUCAAACACGUCCUCUUAGCGAUAUGCAGAGGCGGAGAGUAACAGAAACACAAUCUGAAGGAAACAUACAUUCAAGGAUUGAACGUGAUCGUAUAGAGAGAGAUAAAGAUGCUUUAAACGCUAGGGACCUGACUUCUUUACAGUCUAUAGGCUCAGAAGAAGGGAGCCCAAAAACAGAUUCGACAUUGAUUAAACGUGUUCCAAAUGAACGGGGUUGUUUUGAAUGCCCAUUGUGCUUAGAUGAACAUAAGGAAGAGUUUUUUCCUAAUAUUAUGACUUGUGCUCAUAGAUCUUGUAUCACAUGCCUAAAACAGUACUUAACGAUCGAGAUCUCGGAAAGUCGAAUUGGAAUAUGUUGUCCAGAGUGCAGUGCCAGGUUCCAUCCUAAUGAUAUCAGUGCAAUACUCCAGGAUCUCCACCUGAUGUCCAAAUAUGAGGAAUUUAUGUUAAGACGGGUGCUUGUGACUGACUCAGAUGUACGAUGGUGUCCAGCACCGGAUUGUGGGUAUGCAGUCAUAGCAGCAGGGUGUGCCAGUUGUCCAAAACUUCGUUGUGAACGGCCAGGAUGUGGGACCUCAUUUUGUUACCAUUGUAAACAGACGUGGCACCCAAACCAGACCUGUGAUGCUGCCCGGGCUGAGAGGUCACCAAAUCUGAGAUCCGACUCUUUAAGCUUUAGUCAUGAUUCUAAUAAUGCUCAGAGUGACAUUAAGCCUUGCCCUCGCUGUGGCGCAUUUAUCGUUAAAAUGGAUGAUGGGUCGUGCAAUCAUAUGACGUGUGCUGUGUGUGGUGCUGAAUUCUGCUGGUUGUGUAUGAAGGAAAUAUCAGACUUACAUUAUUUGAGUCCAUCUGGCUGUACAUUUUGGGGGAAGAAGCCAUGGAGUCGCAAAAAGAAAAUCCUGUGGCAGUUAGGUAUGCUUGCAGGGGCCCCUGUAGGCAUCAGUCUAGUAGCAGGGAUAGCAGUGCCAGCUAUGAUCAUUGGAAUACCUGUCUGGGUUGGUAGAAAGCUUCAUACAAAAUAUGAGAAUGCGGGUAAACAUAAGAGAAACUUAGCAAUUACGGGUGGAGUGGCAUCAUCUAUCUUGGUGUCACCAAUUGUUGCUGGGUUAGCAGUCAGUAUUGGAGUGCCUAUUUUAUUAGCAUAUGUAUAUGGUGUGGUGCCGAUUUCUUUAUGCCGUAGUGGAGGCUGCGGCGUGUCUACUUCAACAACAGGUGUUCGUUUCGAAUUUGAUGAUGACAAUGAAGUAACUGUAGGAGUGUCUGGUCCCUUCUCUUCAGGUGACAACCAGAGUGUUGGCACAGCCAGUCACAAUGUGGCAAACCCUAGUAUAGGACCCAGUAUCGGGGAUGCCUCCCUUGCCUUUACACAAAGCCUUAGCGCCAGUGGGAGCCAGAUGGAUAGAGCUGGCAUUAUCAGGGAUGAAAGUGAUAGAGAUUCUGCAAGUAACAGAGCCAUGGCUGGGGCUAGCCUUAAUGGGAGUCUAUCAGGAAGCACUGUGGCCGGUUCUCAUGGAUUCAGCAAUAGGCUGGAGGUGCACGCUGAUGUGACCACAAGUCAUUCAAUGAUGGGAAGCGACAAGUACAGUCUGAAGUCAGCGGCUGUCUCCUUUGAUGAUGAUAUCAAAGGUGGAGAUGACGCCAGCACUCGGACCUUACAUGGUUCUUUAGUCAGUAACAGAGACAAAGACAAUGUAUCUAUCACAACAGCUCCAUCUAUUGAGCUUACAGAGAACCCACGAUCGCGUCACAAUAGCAGUAGCAGUCAUAGUAAAAAUCUGUCCAAUCACGGCUCACCAACAUCAAACCGUAGCGUCAAUUUUCUUGAUGAUGGACUGAGAAAGCUUGGGAGUAAGAAGAAAUAUAAGAGACAGUGUAUAAGUGUGGGAGAUAAGAUUCAUGAGCACUCUGAGAAAAGCCCAGAUGCUAUGAGUGUAAAAAGCCUAGAAGCUGGUGCUACCUGUAAAGUUGAGCCCCAGCUUAAGUCAACCAUCAAGAUGGAGAAAACUACGACAUCCGGCAGUUCCAGCAUACGUAAAGCAGUCCUUGAGGUUCACAAAGUGUCUCUUAAUACAAGCGACUCUUCCAAGGGGUCUCUGAGCUCAUCUUAUGAAAGUGUGACAUCUCAUGGUGCUCAAAACAAGCUCAAUCUUCCAGAAGUGGAGGUAGAUCGCCCACGAGAUGGACCACACGUACAAAUAUCCAAUGUUUCAUCUUCGAUUCAUAUCAACAAACAAUCUGAGGAGAGUGAAAAAGAAAUUAAAGUCUCGAAGAAGGAAAUUUUGGAUGGCACUCGAAAAAAGGAUACUUACGUUAAGGAGCCUAGAAGAAGAACAUCCUGUGAAAUUGCCAUGAGUGACUUAGUUAGCUUACCAUAAAAAUACAAAACUUUGAUAAUGAAUAGAAAUGGAGAUUUUGCCUUACAUAAAAUUUAAACCUAUUGAAAAUUUAUUCUGACCUUGAGUUUUAGUGAAGGUUAAUGAUUAGUGAAAAUUUAAGGUAAAUGACCAAAGAAUAAAUGGUGAAUCAAUAAAAGCCCUUAAUUGCAAUAUUUUUAUCUUCCAAUAUCAAUUCAAUAUUUGUAUUACAUUACCUUGUUGACAGCUGUGCUGGAAUAUUUUUGAAUGAAAAUGAGUUUCUAUAGGAUGAUUUUAGGGAUCGGAUCAACAUUUGACAUCUGAUGAAAUAAUUUUGGAUCAAAUUCCUUUAUAAAAUAUGUGAACUUGCGUUUAAGGAGGGAAAAAGGGUUGACUUUUGUUAAUACCUUAUUAUGCAAACCAAGCCCUUUUUGUCCAGUGUAGUCACAUCCUAGUGUUUACAAAACAGUCACCCCCAUGAAAAUUAUGACGCAUCUUAAUUUGUCAUGAAAUAUCGAUCAAAAUACAAUGUUUUGUAAAAAUUUUGCCAACACAUAACAAUCAUGAGUUUCAUCAGUAAAAGUGAGAUGGUAUUUAGAAAAACAUUAUACCAUGGGGCAAAUUUCAUCAGUUAAUUGGGGUAAGUUGACAACAGAGGUUCAAUUUGGGGAAAAGGGCUGGGUUUGCACAAAAGAAGUAUUAACAAAAGUCCAUCCUUUUUUACCCGACCCCUAAUGCAAGUUUACAUGUUUUAUAAAAGUACUUUAUUCAAAAUUAUAACUGUAUGAUAAAAGUGAGAUAUUAGUGCAUUUUCAUAAUCAGAUUUAAAGGUAGAAUCUGUUUUAGAGGA